AUAUCGCGACUUUGACAAUUUGGUAAAAUUUACACAUAAGUCACGUGACAGUCCCACCCUUGAGCUAGAUUACUUCAGUAUAGUAUCGAAAAUGGCAGGGAGAUCUUCUGUGUGUUUAGAGCAGGAACAAAUUGAAGAUUUGAGGUCGGCAUUCGAAAGUUUGGAUGCCAAUGGGGAUGGAUCACUUGAUUUGGAUGAGUUGGGUACAGCGUUGGACCUUGUAGGACUUAAAAUGCCCAUGUACAAAGUGCGGAAACUGCAAGAAGACUAUGCCUCUAGCGAUGCAAAUAGAGAUGGGAAACUUGAUAUGGAAGAAUUUAAAUCUCUAUACAUAAAAUUAAAAAAAGAUCAGGAUUUCGGCCAUGUAUUUAAAAAGUCUAUAUCGUCGAGAACAGACAUUAAACAAACAGUUGGUAGUUCAGACGGUAUUACACAUUCUGUUAAAGAUUCCGAAAGAUACGCCUUUGCUGAUUGGAUAAACAGAAAUUUGGAGGAUGAUGAAGACUGUAAGAAUCUUUUACCAAUAAAUCCAGAUUCUGAUGAUUUGUUUACUCGAGUGAAGGAUGGUAUUCUUCUAUGCAAAUUAAUCAACAAAUCAGUGCCUGACACUAUAGACGAAAGAACAAUCAAUAAGCAAAAAUUGAAUGUAUAUACGAGAACUGAAAACCAUAACCUUGCCCUUAAUUCCGCUCAGUCUAUUGGAUGUAACGUAGUAAAUAUUGGGCAUUCCGAUUUGGAAGAGGGAAAACCACAUUUGGUGCUUGGUCUUUUAUGGCAAAUUAUUAGGAUUGGUCUGCUUAGUGAAAUAAACUUGCAAAACCACCCAGGCCUGGUUUUAUUGCUGAGGGAUGACGAAACUAUUGAUGAUCUGCUUAAACUUUCACCAGAAGAAAUCCUGAUACGCUGGGUGAACUACCAUCUUGCCAAUGCUGGCUGCAACAGACAAAUCAGCAACUUCAGUGGUGAUAUUAAGGAUUCUGAAGCCUACACAUACUUGUUGAACCAGAUUUCUCCCAAAGAAUUUGGAGUUAAUUUAGAUCCACUUUCGGAAGUUGACAAUGAGAUGAGAGCUGAGAGUAUGUUGAAGGAAGCUGACAAAAUCAAAUGUCGAGCCUUUAUUACGAGCAAAGACGUUGUCAGGGGUAACGCGAAACUCAACUUAGCUUUUGUAGCCAAUCUGUUCAACACAUAUCCUGCUCUUGAGAAGCCUGAUGACAUGGACAUUGAAAUCAUUGAAGAAACUAGAGAAGAGAAAACAUAUCGCAACUGGAUGAACAGUAUGGGUGUUAAUCCACAUGUUAACCGAUUAUACAGUGAUCUUCAGAACGGCCUAAUCUACUUCCAACUUUACGACAUCAUCAAGAAAGGAUGUGUUGACUGGAAAAAGGUCAUUAAAACAUUUAAGAAACUUGGGGCCAAAUUCGAAAUGAUCGCCAACUGCAACUAUGCUGUUGAUCUAGGAAAGGAGGUGAAAUUCUCCCUACCCGGCAUUGGAGGUGCAGAUUUGUAUGACGGCAACCCGACGCUCACUCUCGGUCUUGUGUGGCAAUUAAUGAGAGCGUACACUUUAUCUGUGCUCAAAGCGAUGUCUGAAGAUGGUAAACCUAUUGAUGAUAAGGCAAUCACUGGUUGGGCAAACAAGAGACUGACAGAAGGAGGUAAAAAAUGCCAGAUUUCCAGUUUCCAGGAUCCUACACUGUCUGAUGGAGUGACCAUUCUACAUUUGAUAGAUUGUAUUGCACCUAAAAAGGUCAACUGGGACGUUGUCAAGGAAGGAGAUAAUGAGGCGGACAAAAUGUCAAAUGCUAAAUAUGCCAUAUCAAUGGGUAGAAAAGUUGGUGCACGAAUUUACGCCUUGCCGGAAGAUAUUGUAGAGGUGAAGCCUAAAAUGGUGAUGACAAUAUUCGCGUGCCUCAUGACCGUUGAUUGGAAGAAAGCUCAGCAAGCGCAAGAAGAUUAAAAAAACCUGUUCAGUCAUCGUCAUUUCUAUCGUUAAAGAAAUUCUUUUGAAUCUUGAUGGAGUAUGGAACCAUACUGAUAUAAAACAAACAUAAUUUUUGUUAUGAGAACGAUUGUUAUGGAAAGCAUAAAGGUGUUUAGAAAAAGCCGCUAGCGUUCUCGGAAAUUUUUUUCAUCGAGAAACGCUACUCCAUUUCCUUGAUGGACCAUUUGUCAUGCAAACAUUUCAUAGUAAUUAUAUAUUAUAUAUAUUAUAUAUAUAUCACUAAUUUUUACUGUUAACAAUGUUUAUACGUUGAUGGGACCAGUGUGUUGAAGAAGUGAUAAGUCUUUGCAUUAUGAUUGGGGCCAAUAAAGAUUUUAUAUAUUAUAGAAUUCUAUGUUGCUUGUUCACAAAGUGACAGGGUGAGCUUUUGUGAUCGCUUUUCGUCCGUCGUCCGUCCGUCGUCCGUUCUCCGUAAACUUUUACUUUAAAUGACAUCUCCUCAUAAACCACAAGGCCAAUUUCAUCCAAACUUCACAGGAAUGUUCCUUUGGUGGUCACCUUUAAAAAUUGUUCAAAGAAUUUAAUUCCAUGCAGAACUCUGGUUGCCAUGGCAACCGAAAGAAAAAACUUUAAAUAUCUUCUUUAAAAAAACCAUAAGAGCUAGAUCUUAGAUAUUUGGCAUGAAACAUUUUCUAGUGAGUGUCUACCAAGUUUGUUCAAAUAAAAGCCCUGGUGUCAAAAUUGGCCCCGCCCCGGGGGGUCAUUGAUUUUCCCUAUAUGCAUAUAGUAAAAACUUAAAAAAUCUUCUUUUAAAGAACUCAAAGAGCUAUGGCUAAGAUAUUGAGCAUCAAACAUGUUCUAAUAGGUGUCUACCAAGUUUGUUCAAAGAAAAGCCCUGGGGUCAAAAUUGGCCCUGCCCCAGGGGGUCAUUGAUUUUCCCUAUAUGCAUAUAGUAAAAACUUAAAAAAUCUUCUUUUAAAGAACCAAAAGAGUUAGAGCUAAGAUAUUUAGUAUUAAACAUGUUCUAAUAAGUGUCUACCAAGUUUGUUCAAAUAAAAGCCCUUGGGUCAAAAUUGACCCCGCCCCGGGGGGUCAUUGAUUUUCCCUAUAUAUGCAUAUAGUAAAAACUUAAAAAAUCUUCUUUUAAAGAACUCAAAGAGCUAUGGUUAAGAUAUUUAGCAUCAAACAUGUUCUGAUAGGUGUCUACCAAGUUUGUUCAAAUAAAAGCCCUGGGGUCAAAAUUGGCCCCACCCCGGGGGUCAUUGUUUUUCCUUAUAUGUGUAUAGCAAAAACUUAAAAAAACUUUUUUGAAAAAACCCAAAUAGCUAGAGUUAAGAUAUUAAGCAUGAAACAUCUUUUAGUGAGUGUCUACAAAGUUUGUUCAAAUAAAAGACCUGGGGUCAAAAUUGGCCCCGCCCCGGGGUCAUUGAUUUUCCUUAUAUGUGUAUAGCAAAAACUUAAAAUCUUCUUUGAAAAAAACCCAAAUAGCUAGAGUUUAGAUAUUAAGCAUGAGACAUAUUCUAGUAAGUGUCUACAAAGUUUGUUCAAAAAAAACCCUGGGGUCAUAACUGGCCCGGCCCCAGGGGUGUCAUUGUUUUUAACUAUAUGUGUAUAGUAAAAACUUAAAAAAAAAUCUUUUUUAAAUAGCCCAAUGAGCUAGAGCUUAGAUGUUAAGCAUGAAACAUCUUCUUAUGGGUGUCUACCAAGUUUUUGCAAAUAAAAGCCCUUUGGUUAAAUUGGCCCUGCAACGUUUGGGGGGGGGGGGGGGGGCCUAUAUACAGGUGAGCGACCUCAGGGCCAUCAUGGCCCUCUUGUUUUUCUUAAAGCCCUCUUAAUGAUAAUAAUAAUAUGAGAGAAAAAUGAAAAAGUUAUAAAAUGGAUAAGAUUGGAAACCAUGUUAUUGAAAAAGUGAUGGGCAUUUGAGACUGUCAGGGACGGUAACCCAGUAUCUGCUGAAAUAAAAUAGCCAAAAAAUUUAUUUUGUUUGUACCUUGUGAAGCUUUUACAUCAUCAUUCAUUAUUAAAACAUGUAAAGUGCAGACGACACAUUAAUAUCCUGGAAUUGAGGCAAUAAGUAAACCUGAACAAUGAUUAAAAAGUUUUUCAUGGUAUUUGUGUAAUCAUUUCUAAAGCUGUCUAAUUUGUUAAUGAACAAAUACUUUGCUUGUUAUAUGUACAUUGUAUAUAAAUUGGCCUUAUAAUUUUACUUUGGUGCUAAGUGCAAAUUAUUUUGAUUUGAUGCUAUUUUUAGAAAAACAAACUAUUUUUAGAUUUUUGUUUUGUUUUGGCAAUGUUCCAGAUGUCACAAAAUGUUUAAAACUAGAAAGAACUGUAACAGGGAUUGUAUAUUUAAUGUAUUUAUAAACUUAGGGAAGUUGGAAUUUUAGAGAAGAAAUUGGAUAAAUGUCUUAAUUCUUUAUUUCCAUCUCAUUUCUUACAAUAAGGCUUACUAUAAGAGGGUAGGGGAGUGGGUGGUGUAACGUUGGGAGGUUAAAGUAUGCUUGGCCUAGGAAUAAUAAUGUGUGUAAAUAUUGUUGUUUUCUUUUGUAUACAAGUAACUGUCUCUAUAUAUAGCUGAACAAGAAAAGGCGGCCAUUGUUUUUUAUACAUUUUUUUUUUAGAAAAAGUACUCUUAUAUUCCUCUUUUGAUAAAAUAUAUUUAGAUCAAAGCUUCAAAGGACUGAAAUUUAUAUGAUUCUACAAAUGAGCAGAAAUUAUUUACAUAUUUUAUUUAUAGAACUCGGAAUAUUUAAAAUCAUUUACUCUCCAGGUGCCAUGUUGCUAUGGUUUCUUAUUUUGAGGAAACUGCAUAGAGUAUAUAUUAACGUGUAAUCGGCAACAUAUUAUUUGUUUUCAGAAUAAUGACUGGAGUAGUCAAAAUUUACUAAGAAAAAUGCUCAGUCCUUAUAAAAGUGCUGUUUUAUUUUGGCCUAUAUAGAUUAUCGUGUAAUCAUAUUAAAUUUUAUAUACGGAAAGAAAUUUAAAGGAUCUGUGAUUUAGCUAAGUUUUAUGCAAUUACUGUAAAAUGUAAAAUUUCGUGGGUAAUUAAAUUUUCAUGGUUUACGUUAUAAUUUUCUACAAGAAAUUUCUUUUUGCAAAAUAGAUGUAUAUCUUUCAGUUCUAGAUAUCCCUUCAUUUUGUACAAAGUCUUUGAUUUCUUGUAUUGUUAGCAAAAUUGGGAGUUUCGUACUUUUGAGAGUGUAAGAAAUUGUCUAUUGUAACCACUUAAAUGUAAACCAUGAAAAAUUAACCACCCUUGAUAUAUUCAUCAUUUUACAGUUUUUCCUUGUUUGUAUAGCACAUGUAUUUUAUUAAUUCUACUCGUAAGGAUUUCUUUGAGGAGAAAAAAGCUUUCAUUUGUUAUUGUACCUCAAAAAAGUACAAAUUUCGGAUAUCAGUGACUUGAAAGACAUUAAGAAAACGGUUCCAACAUUGUUACAAUCGAGUCUGUAAUAUGUAAAUCUAGGUAAUUUAAGUAACAAAAAUUACUUAACUAAUUCUGUUAAUGUAUAUAAUUAUAUUUGGAGCUGGAGUAAUUGUACUGUUUUGUUGUUUUUUAUACAAGAAAUGAAAAAAAUGGGCACAUUUUAUAAAACAUUUUUGUUAGAUUUUUCAAAUAUUAUUUUUGUAGUGUUAUUAUUACAUUAUUUUCUAUGUUAUACAUUCAUAUACAUAUAUAUAUGUAUGUCAUGCACCUUCAGUAGAACUUUUUCUAUAUUCUUAAAUAAAAAAAGAAUUCUCCUGGUUUUGAGAAAAAAAUGAAUGUAAAUAUUAAAUAUUUAAAAUUAAGCUGUUACUUUUUGUUCGUGUUAAAAGAUUUUUUUCCAGAUGUUACAAAGUUAAAAAUACAAUUACUGUUGAAGGAUCAUCUUUUAACUUUUUCAGUUUUGUUUGCAAGUAAUCACAUGUUAAAAUUUGGCUUGUUACAACUACCGUAAUGGAAAAAAUAGUUUGUAGUUUGAAAAACAACAAUAAAAAAAACCCAAUGUUUGUAACUUUCUAGAUGAUUGAUUUCUGAUACUAAAAUUAUCUGGUAGACUGUCAGGAUUUGGUCCAAACUACCAACCAUUGGUUACAUAAGGAAAUAUUACAAUUUUUACUUCCAGAAGGGUUUCUUUGUAUUUUUUUUUAUUUGUUCUAGAUAAGAUAUUACAAGUAUUUAAGUAUUUGUGAAAGCUUCAGAGUUGUUAAAGGAUUGACGCCAUUCUUUACCAUAAAAAGAAACUUCUGUCAGUUUAACAAAAAAAAUUACAAGAAAUAAGAUUUUUAUUUUUUUACCAUCUUUACAUAUCAUUUCAUUGAAAAGUAUUAUAUUGUAAUUAUGCAAGUCGAGAAAAAAAGGAAGUAAAAAAAAUUAGUUUUCAUUUUUUUUGUUUUGUUUAAAUGCUUCUGUAUAUGUGGAAGAUAGGUUUAUAUAAAUUUGUAUUUUCAUCUAAUUAAACUGGAAAGUGUUCAGGCUGAGAAAAGGUUUUUAUUGAGACUUUUGUUAUAUAGUAAGUCUGUGUAAAUCCACUUACUUCAUUGCUGCUCAUUCUUUUAGAGUCAUAUCUGUUAAUUGUUUGAUGGUUUUUUAUUGACCAAUCAUUUAUCAGCACGUUCGUUUCUGCUUUUCAUUAUCUCACAAUUAUAGCCAUAGAUGCCUUAUUACAUAAUGGACAGUAGAUCAAGGCUUGAAAUUUUAAUCAAAAACUGAAAAGAUUGUAAACCAGUCUGAAAUUGCAUUCAUUGAUUGGUUAAUGACGAGCACAUGUUUGAAGUUGACCAAUGAAAUGGCUCCAUUCUUUCAAGACUGGUUUUCUGUCUUUGGUUUUGUGAAUUUUAACCCAAAAAUAUAUUUUUAAUCGGAGAAGUAUGUUUUCUUUCAUUAGGAUGAAUUUUGUAGUGUGUGGACAUAGGACAUUUAUAAAUCUCAAGUUCUUCCUAUAUUAUUUAUAUAUAUAUGUAUAUAAUAUUAUAUUAUAUAUAUAUUAAUGAUAAUGCCUCAUAAAGCCACUUUGAUUAUGUUGAAAUAUUACUCCAUUUUAGGUAUAAAAAAAACUAUUUAAAGAAUUGAAAGCUAGCUAGGCAUUGUAAUAACAUGUGUAUUGAAUGGUAUUUGAAUCAAGUGGAAUUCUUUGCAUAGCCAGUGUAUUUAAAUUUUGACGAAUUGUUUGGGGAAAGCAAUGCUUGUUUAAUAUGUUAGUUUCCUAUAUAAUAUUAUGUUUAUGUUGAUAUAAAAUUUAUAUAUUUUUUGAUACAUAUAACUGUGUACAGUCCCAUUAAGAUAUGAUUCAACAUUAACUAGUUGGUGCCAACAUACUUUGAUCUGAUCAACAUCACUGGAAGCAAUUUACGAGAACAAAAUUUUUUAUCAAAAUAUAGCCAUGUGUUUUGUUAGUUAUUAUUAAUCUAUGUUUGUAUUUGCAUAACCUUAUUACAGUGUAUCAUGUUGAUUUUGUUAUAUUCUAUAGGAGAAAAUGUCAAGCUCUUAAAUACUAGGAAAAUUGUGCAUGAAUACAAACAAAAAUAAAUAUUCCUAACUA